AUGAAGCUUUUAAGCGUAACAUUAACGCCUGAGGUCGGGACUGACGAUACGAUCGAGGCGGUGGCGUCUGUAAAGUGCGAUGUCAAGCGACCAUGGAAUGUCGUGGGGGGAGAAACAUUCCAGACAUGGUACAAAGUCUUCGGCGAUCUCCCAGUCGGCAGUCGCACCCCUCUUAUCUGCCUGCAUGGUGGUCCCGGCCUUGCACAUGAUUACUUGCUUCCUCUGUCCGAUCUCACCGCAAUAGCAUCCAUACCCGUGAUAUUUUAUGACCAGAUCGGCGGGGGUCGUUCAACGCAUCUUCCCAACAAGCCCAAAUCGUUCUGGACGGUCGACCUCUUCAUCGAUGAACUGCUCAAUGUGAUCACAUACUUCGGCAUUCAAGAUAGUUUUGGUAUCCUUGGACACUCGUGGGGUGGCAUGCUCGGCGCAGAGUUCGAUGUCAGGCGUCGUUCUGAAGGACUGAGGCACCUUAUCUUGACCAACUCGCUAGCCUCCCAUGCGUUGUGGGUGCAGUCUAUAAUUGAGUUGCUUGAGCCGUUUCCACAAGAGGUCAAAGACGCCAUGGCAGCUGGCUGGGACGACCUGAAGAGACUGGCACCUGCGAUGAGGCAGUUUCAUGCCAAGCACGGCUGCACAGUCAAGCCGAUGCCAAAAGAAUUCACGGAUCCCAUCGAUGGCGCUCUGGGCGAAGGCGGAGAUCCUACUGUAGAGAUCGCAAUGUGGACGGGCGAGUUGAAGGAGUGGUCCAUCAUCGACAGGACUCACCUCAUACGCACUCCGACACUUCUCAUCAACGGUCGUGCGGAUAUUGCGCAGGACUUUGUGGUGAGACCGUUCUUUCAAGGGAUACCCCGGGUCAAGUGGCGAACGUUUGAGCUAUCCAGCCAUACGCCCAUGCUGGAGGAACGUGAGACUUUUGUGCAGGAGGUGCUGGAGUUUCUGGGUGCGUGAUGCUGAUCACUCAAGAAAGAGAGACUGUCGUAGUAGACUGCACAUAUGUGUAAAUACCAGGAGUCGCUCAAAACAAAGCAGGCUGCC